AUGGCCUCCAAACCCGGCGACGACCACUUCCUAACGCUCUCCUGCCCCGACAAAUCCGGCAUCGUCUACGCCGUCACCGGCCUCCUCGCUGCGCAGAACCUCACAAUUCUCGACCUGCAGCAGUUCUCCGACCCUGCCUCCAAAACCUUUUUCAUGCGCGUGCACUUCGGCCAUGCAUCCGAUCUCUCCUCCCUCCGGGAACCGCUCGCCACGCUCGCCUCAGAGAUGAAAAUGGAGUACGACGUGCGGCCGGUGCAGCAAAAGCCCAAAGUGCUCAUCAUGGUCUCCAAAAUCGGCCACUGCCUAAACGACCUACUUUUCCGAGUGAAGAGCGGCCAGCUGAAAAUCGAGGUCCCGGUCAUCGUAUCGAACCACCCCGAUUUCGAACCCCUCGCGUCCUCCUACAACAUCCCCUUCCACCACCUGCCCGUCACAAAGGACACCAAGGAGCAGCAGGAGACCCAAAUCCUCGACCUGAUCAAGCAGCACGACGUCGACCUCGUCGUCCUAGCCCGCUACAUGCAAGUCCUGUCCCCGCGCCUGUGCACCGAAAUGUCCGGCCGCAUCAUCAACAUCCACCACUCCUUCCUGCCGUCCUUCAAGGGCGCAAAGCCGUACCACCAGGCCUACGAGCGCGGCGUCAAGAUCAUUGGCGCGACGGCGCAUUUCGUGACUGCGGAUCUGGACGAGGGCCCGAUUAUCGAGCAGCGGGUCGCGCGGGUAGACCACGCGAUGAGUCCGAAGGAGCUGGUCGAGGAGGGGAGCAAUGUGGAGAGCCAGGUGCUUGCUGCGGCGGUGAAGUGGUGGAGUGAGAGGAGGGUUUUCUUGAAUGGCGCGAAGACGGUGGUGUUUAAUUAG